AUGUCCAUCGACUUUGACAGUGCUGCUCUGCAAACACAACAUGAGGAAGAGGAGUAUGACCAGGAGGACUAUGCCAGAGAAAAAGAGCUCCUCAAACUCCUCACAGACCUGCCUGAUGACAUGCUUGAAGAUAGCAGAGACUCCUCCUCCCCUGAACUGGAGUACUCUCCUGGCAGCAACAAAAAUACUGGCGACAGUCCUCAGGCAAAUGGAGCUCAGCAGUGGUCCAAUCACGUCAGGCAGGCUCCUCACGAACAGAACUGUGAAGCCAACUACAAUCGGUGCCCAUACGGAGAGCGCGUCGUUACUGAACACAUGAACGGGCAUCAAGGUCAAACGCAGCCUCACGUUUGGAACCAGCCACAGGGUCCCCAGUCCAACCAAGGAGACUACUCCUACAACAGCAUCGGCACAGAUAAUGAUUUCUCCACGGACGACUACGGGACAAACGUGUAUCCUCAGGCCUCGAAAGUCCCUGUGGAGUAUCAUGGAGAUGGAGGAUAUGGGGACAGACGGGUCAACGAUGAAGCCAGGAAUCACUUUCUGGCGUUCAACUCUAAACCUCAUCAAGGUCAAGAAAUGGAUCCACUGCAAAGAGAGUUCCUUGAUUCCACCACAAAAACUGCUGAUCAGGAACAGCUUGCCCAGUUGCGUGUCCUGCACAAGGCUCAGCAGCGACAGAUUGUCGACCUGGAGCAAAAACUGGAGGAUUCACGACGCAACAUGCGAUAUUUGGAGCAUCAGUUUGCGAUCAUCAAAGAUGAAAAGGAUGGACUUGCUGUAAGUCUCAAAGAAGCAAGUCGUCUGAUCGAAGAAUAUAAAGAACGAGAAGGAAAGAUGCAAAAGGCUGUUAAAGUCUUGGAACAUCAAGUAAACCUCCUGAGUGAGAAAGACCAAGAGAACAUGAAGAAGCAGAGCGCGGCGGAGGCUGCGGUGGACGCCAUGAAGCAGCAGAUGUUGGACAUGUGCCGAUCUGACACUUUGUCAAAAUCUCGCGAACAGCACGACCGAGACAUCACCGUUCUGAGGGAGAAGCACGAAGCGACGCUGUUGGCCUCAAACCAGAAGAUUGACUCGAUAUCAGAAGCAUUAGACAAACAGGUUGAUCUUACGCAGAGGUUACGGGAGCAGGUGAAGCAGUUGGAGCGUCAGAGAGAGGAGGAGCAUCUAGAGAGAGCCAGAGUCAUAAACGGGCUCACGCAGCGCCUGGAGGAGAGCCAGCAGCAGUGCGCCAAACUGCUACACACCAGUUCAGUACAAGAAAUGAGCGAGCUGCAAAUUAAACUUCAGCAAAGCCAGUCUGCGAAGGCACUCAGUGAAAACAUGAAUAAAGCCCUACAGGAGGAUCUGGCGGAGCUGAAGGAGCAGAUCACUUUGUAUGAAUCCGCCGUUAAACAUGGGGUCAUUUCCUUGGACCUGAACCAUGACUUGGAAAACCAUCUUUCAGAUUCCUGUAUAGAUAUGGGAUUGAAGAAAACCAACCGGAAAAAUGGUCUUUUACACAGUCCGUUGGUCAAUCUGCCCGACACAAAGCUGCCCAAAGACGAGGCGUUGAGGCUCCUGAGAGCGGAGAUGCAGCGCUGUUUGGGGAAUCUGAAAGCAAAAAGGCAGAAGAUUGAGCAGCUGCAGCACGAGCUCCGGGACAGCCAGGCCCGAUCAGAGCAGCUGCAGGCGGAGCUAGAGGAGGCUAGACUCAGCUCCAGGAUCAGGGAGAAUGGUCAAGUAAAACAUACGGAUCUAUCAGAGACGUCUCAGAAAGAGCUCGAGAAAGUGGAGGAGGACAAACGACAAUUAGAGAAACAACUAGAGAUUUUGGAAUAUAAAUAUAAGGAGCUGAAACAGAAUGAGGAAAAAGUGAAGGCUGCAAACUUAGAGCUGUGCACCAAAAUGAGAGAAAUGAUUCAGGAGCUGGAUCAAGAAAAGCAGGAAGCAACUGAAAGGUCAGAAAGGCUUCACCAGCAGCACAGGGAGGAUGUGGUGAAACACAUCAGGACUGAGCUCCAUCAGCAGCACUCUGCACAGAUGGAAGAACUGAGCCAACACCUCCAGCAGCAGAUCCUGCAGUUACAAAGUCAGCUUUCUGAGGCUCAUGACAAAAUGUCCACAGUACAAGAGUGCUACAUUUGUGUUUGCAAAGAGAAAGACGCGCUGGAGGAAAGUAUCCGUAACAAAGAGAAUGAAGCAGCUGCAAUAAAAGACACAAAGAUGCAUGAGGAUAUUGAUGCUGCUCUGAAGAAGCUCAGGACUGAGAUGGAGGCGCAACACCAGGAGAUCAUCACUGAACUCAAAGAUCUCUGGAGCAAAGACAAGGAAAAGGAGAUUCAGGACACAGUGGAUACACGGGAGGCUCAGAUCAAUGCAACAUGGAAAGAAGAGAUGAAGAAGAUGGAGCAGAGUUGGUCUCUAAAGCUUGAGGCGUUAACCCGACAAAGGAAUAGACAAACUGCUGAAGCGACCGUUCAGACGAGCUGUUUUCAAGACAGUCAUGUGAGCAUCAGUGCAGAGGAGCUGGAGUCCAGGCUCCUGGAUCAGAAACAACUUCUGCAAACUGAAGCGGAACGAGCCAAAAGGAAAGCUGUGGACGAGACCAAGACACAGGUCCAGAAAGAACUACAUGAGAAACAUCUGGAGGACAUGGCCAAACAGGUGGAAGGUGCGGUGACGAGGGCCUACAAUCGGUGGGUAGAGGACUUAACUUCAUUACCAGAAUACCAGGCAUCUCUUCGACGUGAGAAAGAGAAAUGGAAAGAACAUCGGCAAGAAGUCAUAGAUGAAAAGCUUUCCCUGGCAUUACACGCAGCAGAAGAGCAGUGUGAGAGGAGACAGUCUUCACCUCGACUCGAAGAGCUGCUGCAGACGGUAUCGAGCCUGAAGAGCCAGCUGGACCAGAGCAGGGGAGAGCAGGCCGCUUUGCUGAAGGCCGAACUGUCCGCCGCUCGAUCUGCCUGGAACAGAGACAAGCUAAAGGAGAUCGACAACCUCCAGAUGCAGAGCGAACAGGCGUAUCAAACCAAACUACAGCAGCAGCAGCAGAGACUAGAGCAGGCUGUGAAACGGGCAAAAGAGGAGCUCCAACGAGAGAAGGAGGACGUGGAGGCCCGGAUUCAAACGGCCGUGAGAGCCAGAGAGCAGGAGCUGAAACGUCACAUCGCCGAAAAAGAGAUACGAGCGGAAAUCCAAGCUUUACUGGCAAAAGUCCAAACUCAACACUUUUUGGAGCAGCAGGGAUCGGAGGGAGCCAAGCGAACCAGUGGGGACCCGUCAGAGGACACCAUAACACUGGUCGUCCAAAACUUCUGCAAAGAUGUCGUCAACAGAGCAGUGGUCCAGGCCAAGAGGGAGUGGAAGAAGAUGAGUGAGGAGAAACUGUGCCUUGUGUUGAAAGAGACCCACGAAAGAUACGAAAAAGAAAUCAACAAAAUGCGAGCGUCUGUGUCUCAGUCGAGCGAGCGCGGUAGAAGCAGCCAGGAGAGCGCUGCAGCUGUGGAGAAACUGCAGAAGAAGAACCAGGAGCUGCAGAGGCACUUGGAGAAGGCGUGUCAUCAGCUGCAGAGCACCGUGAGAGAGCACAGAGCGGCUGUGGAGAAACUGUCAGACAAACACCAACAUUCUCUGCAGAGGAUCAAAGAGGAGCACGAGCAGCAGCUGCAGGACGCACAGAAGAGCAGAGAAAAGUCAGAGAGCGCGGACCAAAGGCAUUUCCAGCAAGGCCUGGAGGAGAUGAAACGGCAAUAUCUAAAUACUGUGGAGAAAAUACGAGGCGACAUGAUGCGUUACCUCCAGGAGAGCCGCGAACGAGCCGCAGAGAUGAUCCGGGUGGAGGUGCAGAGGGAGCGGCAGGACACCGCUCGCAAAAUGAGACACUACUACCUCACGUGUUUACAGGAGCUACUGCAGGACGGAGGCCAGAGCGCCGGAGCCGAGAAGAAGAUUAUGAGCGCGGCGGGUAAACUGGCAGCGAUGGCCAAGGUGCUCGAAACGCCAGUCAAGAACAAAACGCACGGGAAAAAACCUGCAUUAACCUUUACAGGUGGGAGGACGGCUGACGAUUUUGGGCCCUCUGUGAAAAAGUCAGAUAUGGAUGAGCGCCCACUGCUCGGUCACCCAGACAAGAGACUGGACCGUGCCAACCAAACACUCAGGGCGCCCGACUCCACUCCGCAACCACCGAGUUCUAAAAGGACCAGACCAGACCGACCCGAGCCUCCGGACCAUCUCGCACCUGGACCCACACAGACACACACAACCCUCCAGCAGAAAACCCACACUCCUCAAAGUGUCCGGAGCAAAACUAGGAAACUGUUUCUACAAGAGCCGCCUGUCCGGGAGGAGAAGCGGAGCGCCAACUGGAGUUGUAGUAACGAGUCGAUCCCUCGCUUGUCCUCGUCCGGGCGGAGAGUGGAGCCGGUCAAGCCCUUCUCGGUGUCGGCUUCGAACAUUGAUUUUGGAGAGUUCGGCGGACUGACGCCAGACGCCUCGGACUUAACCAUCUACAAUGAAAUAGUGAAAAAGGCGCCUGAUUUGCAGAACUUUGAUUCUCACGGUGCAAAAGCAGAAGCAGCAGGACAGUGGGUUUGGGAGUCCGUUUUACCAACAGAAGUGACAGAAGUGACAGAAGUGACGUGGCAGCGUGUGAAGAGAUGUUAG